AUGCCCAUAAUCCAGCAUCAAUCUUUUGAUGCCGAAAGAAGCAAAUCAUGUCCUCAUCUUGAAGAUGAUGCUUCUUUAGAUGUGGAAAAGCCCUCCACAAUUAUGCUCUAUCCGGAUUUAGCCAGGAGCGAAUCUUUGGAUAGUAUCCUUUUGUUUUCGCACGAUUCCAAAACUGGUUCAUGGAAGUGCAAUCUUAUUUCAUCUCCAACACAUCCAGAAAUUGCCCCGUUAAAGCUAAAAGAAACCAAGCCGAUAAAUGCUGGUUUAGAAGGGGGUUCACUAUAUUGUGAUGCUCAAUUUCCGGAGCGGGAUGACCAUCUUUGCUUAAAAUCCCUUUCAGAUGUCGAAAUUUUUCCUCAACAGCCUUCGGAAACCCUUUCCUCAUCGACAGUUAGCAAAUUUUUUCCAAGAUCCUUCAGCAAGAACGAUCAAGUUAUUUGCGAAUUGCUUUUCUCAACAGAUGUGGUUGAUAUUGGUAUGGCAUUCUCACGCCUUCGUAAUUUCUGCUGGAAGGGGAUUCCAUUUUCAUAUCGCUCUAUCUGUUGGAAAUAUUUAUUUGUAGGGUAUUUACCGCCAGCAAAGGCAAAGCAAAGGCCGAAUAUAAACCGCCGUCGCCGCGAAUAUUUUCAAUCUGCGCGCUCCUUGGGAGUGUACCCGGAAAUUAAGCCCAGCUUUGACAUGGCUCUUUUCCACCAGAUUGAAAUCGACGUUCCUCGCACAAUUCCCUCGGUAUCGCUUUUUCGCGAUCCAAUAAUCCAGGCAGUAUGCGCGCCCCUCCUACACCCGUCUUCGGGCUAUGUCCAGGGCUUAAAUGACUUGCUUUCCCCGUUCAUUGCAAUUUUCCUUUCAGAAUAUUUGUGUGCAUUUCCGAUAUUUCGAAACUCAAAGCGUAUGAACAAUAAUGUGUUGGACUAUCUUCUGCACCUCCCUGACCAAUAUAUGCAGAAUAUUUCGACCGAAGAGCUAGAAGCUGUGGAGGCAGAUGCAUUCUGGUGUUUUUCUAAAUUUCUGGACACCAUCCACGAUCGCUAUACGUCUGGCCAGCCCGGUAUUUGGCACCAAAUCUCAAAGCUGGAAGAUCUAAUGGCGCGAAUAGACCCCUUCUUAUUGUCGCACCUCAAGGAACAGGGCGUCGAGUUGAACCAGUUUGCUUUCCGAUGGAUAAAUUGUCUGUUGAUACGCGAAUUGCCGUUUAGACUGGUAAUUCGCCUGUGGGACACUUGCUUUGCAGAGGGAGAGGACGGAUUUUUAAAUUUUUAUACAUACAUCACAGCAUCCUUUUUCAUGACAUGGUCAAAUAAGGAUAUCUUGCUAUUGUUGCAAAACCUUCCCACAGGAAAUUGGACCGAUGAGCAGAUUUCCGUGCUAUGCUCCGAGGCGUUCAUUCUGAUGGAGCUAUUUUCAAAAACAAAGGGCCACAUCAAGUGUCAAUCUGCUCCCUCCUCGCCUACGUGA